UUCUGCGCAUGCUGAAGAGACUGGAGCCACGUCCCGUCCAAAACAACAUGGACGAACAGGAGAUAGCUCAACUGGAGCUCCUUUGCAAGCAGCUUUACGAAGCGACCGACACUGCAUCGAGAAACGCCGCGGAAAAAGCUCUGGUGAAUUUUACGAGCUCUCCCGACUGUCUGACAAAAUGUCAAUUCCUUCUGGAGAGAGGAAAUUCGUCUUACUCACAACUUCUUGCUGCAUCUUCCCUUACGAGGCUCAUCAGCAGAAAUGCUACAUUUCCUGUCGAGCAGAGGGUUGAUAUACGAAAUUAUGUCCUAAACUAUCUGGGUACAAGACCCAAACUAGCUUCCUUCGUGUCACAAGCUCUAAUACAGCUGCUGACUCGACUCACUAAACUAAGUUGGUUUGAUACUCACAAGAGUGAGCUUGUCUUCCGGACAAUAAAUGAUGAUGUCGGCAAAUUUCUACAGAGUUCUGUCGACCAUUGCAUCAUUGGUGUACAGAUCCUUUCACAGCUUGUUUGUGAAAUGAAUCAGUCUGAUUCUACAAGAUCUCUCACCAAGCAUAGGAAGAUUGCGUCAUCAUUUAGGGAUACAUUACUUCAUGAUAUUUUCCAACUCUCUCUUACACUUCUCAGACAGGCAUACCAGGAGCAGUUGAAUCUGCAGAACGAAAGCCAGCAUUCAUUGAUGAAUCAGCUGUUGAGUCUGACUUGUAACUGCCUGUCAUUUGACUUCAUUGGAACAUCCAUGGAUGAGUCCGCAGAUGAUCUUGGCACUGUGCAGAUUCCAACAAGCUGGAGAGCAGUAUUUUUGGAUUACACCACCUUACAGUUAUUCUUCAACCUCUAUGCUUCCCUACCACCAACACUGUCACCAAUGGCCUUAUCAUGCUUGGUUCAGCUUGCCUCAGUCAGGCGAUCACUGUUUAACAACAAUGAGCGAGCAAAAUACUUGGAGCAGCUGGUUAAGGGUGUCAAACAGAUCAUGGAGGCUCCCCAAGUAGAAAAGCUGCUAUCGCACCCUAACAACUACCAUGAGUUCUGUCGACUGCUGGCCAGGCUAAAGUCCAACUAUCAGCUGGGCGAACUGGUCAAAGUGGAGGGGUAUGCAGAGUUUAUCGCCCUCAUCACUAAUUUCACCGUGACAGGAUGUAUGCAGAUGUGGCAAUUCCCCCCAAAUAGUGUUCACUACCUGCUCAGCUUGUGGCAGAGAAUGGUUGCAUCCAUGCCGUAUGUGAAAAGCACAGAGCCACACCUUUUGGAGACAUAUACACCUGAAGUAACAAAUGCUUACAUAACGUCACGUCUAGCAUCUGUAGAAGUGGUUGUAAGGGAGGGUGCUGAAGACCCCCUGGAUGACACAGGAACUGUACAACAACAGCUAGAGCAGCUGUCAACAAUCGGCCGAUGUGAGUACGAGAAGACUUGCAAUCUACUAAUCUCUCUGUUUGACCAAGCGGCCCAGCGUUACCAGGAACUGCGAAGCAACAAUGGUGCAUCAACUGAAAAUGUAUCUAUCCAAGAAGGUCGUCUAACAUGGCUUGUUUAUAUCAUUGGGUCUGUGAUUGGCGGCCGUGUCACAUACUCUACUGUAGACGAGUAUGAUGCACUGGAUGGGGAGCUAGUUUGUAGGGUUCUUCAGUUAAUGAAUCUCACUGACUCUCAACUGUCACAACGGGGCAGUGAAAAGCUUGAGCUUGCAAUUGUUAGUUUCUUUGAGCAAUUUAGAAAAAUCUAUGUUGGAGAUCAGGCCCAGAAAACAUCAAAGGUUUACAGACGCUUAUCCGAGCGACUAGGCCUUCAUGACGAAUCUAUGGUGCUCAGCGUUUUUAUAGGAAAAAUCAUUACAAAUAUGAAGUACUGGGGUGGCAGUGAGAACAUCACGUCCAAGACAUUACAACUCCUCAGUGACCUCUCCGUAGGAUACAGCAGUGUCCGAAAACUUGUCAAGCUAGACGCUGUCCAGUUUGUACUCAAUAACCACACUAGUGAACACUUUCCGUUUUUGGGAAUUCAAAGCGGGCGGCCAUACAGUGAGAUGCGGUGCCGUACCACGUUCUAUAUCGCCCUUGGCCGGCUCCUUAUGGUAGACCUUGGUGAGGACGAUGAGAAGUUUGAUCACUUCAUGUCUCCAAUAACAAAGGCCAUGGAGGAGGUGACCAGCCGGCUGGCAUCUGGUGGGAAUGAUCUCUUCCACACAGAGGAAACCAAGCGCACGCUUAUUGGACUGUGCCGUGACUUACGUGGUCUUGCGUUCGCGUUCAACAGCAAAGUUAGCUACAUGAUGCUCUUUGAAUGGAUCUACCCUUCCUACAUGCCAGUGCUGCUGCGUGCUUGUGAGCUGUGGUACCACGACCCAAACGUGACCACGCCCGUACUCAAGCUCAUGACGGAACUGGUUCAGAACCGUUCACAGCGCCUGCAGUUCGACGUCUCCUCGCCUAACGGUAUCCUGCUCUUUCGAGAAGCCAGCAAGAUGAUCGUUGCGUAUGGUUCUCGGAUUCUCUUACUGACGGACACGCCUCCUGAUCAGCUUUAUCAAACAAAGCUCAAAGGCAUCUCCAUAUGUUUCCUGAUGCUCAAGGCCGCUUUGUGUGGCGGCUACGUUAACUUCGGCGUGUUUAAUCUGUAUGGGGACGACGCGCUGGAUAACGCUCUCAACACGUUCGUGAAGCUUCUCCUCUCCAUCCCACGGACAGAUCUUGUGGAGUACCCUAAAGUAAGUCAGGCGUACUACGCUCUUCUCGAGAUCCUUGCUCAAGAUCAUAUGAAUUUCCUUAGUAGACUUGAACCUCAGGUUUUCUUAUAUAUGUUAUCUUCCAUAUUGGAGGGACUAACAGCUAUAGAUAUUAUGGUUUGUACUGGUUGUUGUGGAACACUCGAUUACAUCGUCACAUACCUGUUUAAAUGCUUUUCUAAAAGAAGAAAGAAAAACACGCAAAUUCUUAAUGAUGAGCCGCCAUGUUUAAGAAUUCUUGAAUCUCACCCGGAGAUGUUACAACAGAUGCUCUCCACGGUGCUUAACGUAAUCAUGUUUGAAGACUGUAGAAAUCAGUGGUCCAUGUCGCGGCCGCUAUUAGGGUUAAUUCUUUUGAAUGAGAAGUACUUCACAGAGUUGCAGCAGAGUGUCAUCACCCUGCAGACGCCCCCAGACAAGCGAGACGAGAUGACCAACUGUUUUAGGAACCUCAUGGAGGGCGUAGAGUGUUCUCUCGUGGCUAAGAACAGAGACAGGUUCACGCAAAAUCUCUCAAUAUUCCGCCGUGACGUGUACAAUUCGCUUAAGACUCCGAACGUCACGGUACAGAACAUAUCUUCGGGUAACGACAUGGUUGGAUGACGUCCCGCUUCCUGUCACACAAUCCGGUGCUGCUAGGUCACGCCUAGUCACGGCUGCUGGACAAGUGAAUGAUAUUCUUGGGCCCUGAACAGGACAAAGGGUUGUGGUUUGAACAACAGAGGGUAAACCUGGGAAAUAUUCGCCGGUAAAAGUCGUUCAUACAGAUGGUACCCAUUAUCCGUUGCAAGCAUCCGAUUUCCCGGCGUCCUCCAUAGGUCGAUCCAUUAAGGGGUUUCGUUUGCACAUGCGCAUCUUUCAACUAGAAAUGCUGGAGCAAAAUGACCAAACAUCGGAAUUCCAGUAAUCGAAACCCAAAAAGAUGACCCAUAAACUAUGCCUGAUAAGAAUUUAAGAGGCUACGGAUGUGGACUGUAAGAACUGCAUAAAAAUUGUUAUUGGCUAUUUCCAUCCUCGUCGCGAAAGAACCAUGAAAAGUUUUGUUGCUUCCUGUGGAUGAAACAUGUUAGCUUCUGAACAUGCUUAAAAUUAAGAGUGACAAUUUUCACAAAUUAACGCAACGAUGUCCCUUAGUAGGUGUUUAACAAACUAUGCAUUCUUAGUUGAUUUGAUUCCUAGAUAUUUUUAAAACAGACUAAACCUAGCCUCCUCCGCAGCCAUCUCAAAGAGCAAAAAAAGAAAAAAAAAGGAUUGGGUUUCCUGUGGCAAAAAAACGGAAGUGACAAACCGGAAGCGCUUAGUCUCCCUUAGUCCCUACACCGCAAUUUCGCCACAGGUAACCCAUUCUUUCCGUCCUUUUCAUUAUGAGUAGUUGCCUGCGGAGGAGGCUAGACUGGACCUGCUCCCUUUCAAUUGUGACCGUCAUGUCAACGCGAAAAAAAACCCUUUUUUUUUGUCUCGCUCUUUUCCCCGUUAAUUCCCCUGUACACAUCACAAUAAGCGCAUCAGCGUUGAAAAAUUAUACCUAACUUUCUGAAUUUGGUCACAGCGAUUUUCCAUAUGCUGCGAGCUCUCGUCAAUAGUUUUCAAUUUCUGAACCUCUCUCCUGAUACCGUCGCUCGAAAGCGACAGAAUUACAUUUGGUGAUUACUCGGCGCCUUGCGGAGAACAGGCUUGACUGGAAGCAAUUUCUUUACUGGCCAAUGAAAACCUUCGAGGUUUUUUAAACCAUCGGUAGGCGAUUUAUCUGUCGGGAUUUUUCAACGAGAUCGUAGAGUAUUGAAAACUCAAGGAUUUCUGUCAUCAGAGUUACGCUCAUCGUUAUGAUACGUGUUUGUCAGUUCUGUAUGUGUCUAGUAAGACUAGUCAAAGUAAAAUGUUAAGAAUUAAAAAUGAGAGUUUUCGUAAGCAAA